AUGCGCCCCGAAGCAGCGAAAGCAGCUGUCUGCAGCGCUGCCUCCGUUCCCUCCUGUUGCAGCGCCCGCCCUGAGCUGAGCGGGACGUUUCGGUUUCAGCUGCUGGGGGAGGCGGCAGCAGCAACAACAGCGACAUGCCGAAUAAGAGGCAGCGGCCAGCGGGCCCUGCAAGCAAGAGGGACCGUGGCCAUCUCUGCUACUGACCCACCAAGGAAGUCCGGCAGUGGGCCCUUAUUUACCAGACUACGGAACCCGUGUACAGGACAAGGAGCCUUGUACUUGUUCAACAGUGACGCUCGUCAGCUCUUUGAAGUAAAAGCUUUCCAUGAAGAGUACCGUUCAUGGUUCAUCGGUCAGGCGGUUCAGCAGGAUGGACGCCUGUUCUUCACGACACCAGUGGAUCCCUUGUUUCUUGUGCUGUUCUAUCUUGCCAAGGCAGAGAAAGAGCAAGGAAAGUUUCAGCCACUGGAUCAAAUUUUGGUAGAUGCAGAAUUUUCGUCUUGCACAAUGUUGUUACAGUGUACAGAUAUCUUGAAGUCUAUUCGUCACAUUGUGGAAGAAAAAGAAACUGGUGGUAGGAAAUUUUAUAAAUAUAGCGAAGAGAAAACAUUGAAGUGGCUAACAAAGAAGGUCAACCAGACUGUGAAAGUACUAAAAGACCAUGAUGUGUGUGUGGGAGGAAAGGUGCAAUCUGCUACUUUUAUCAGUAGUAAGAAGCUCGCGGGUGCCACAGAAGAGGACUAUAUUCGCUACGCCCAUGGUUUAAUAUCGGAAUAUAUUACCGAAGAGCUGAGUACUACACUAGCUAAAUAUUUACAAAUUCCAGAAGUUGCCAUUCCUCCUAAGGAGCCAGCCCCAAAGAAAAGGAAAAUGUCAGAUGCGCCCGUGGAAGCUGAGGAAGAUUAUACCAAGUUUAAUACAAUUGACCUCAAAGGCAAAAAGGCAAGCAAGAUGUCAGCUGCUCAGAAAGCUCUAGCAAAAGUUGACAAGAGUGGAAUGAAAACAAUGUCUUCUUUUUUUAGUUCAAAAACCAAAGCUACAAAAUGA